AUGUAUUUUAACACAACACUAAGUCAAGUUUUAAUAAGAUGCUGUGCAAGUGCUUUUCUUAUGGAAAUUUUGAUGGCAAGAUCUCCAAACAGUGCCAAUUUAAUAACAUUCCUACAGUUCUUCUUUAUCGCGCUGCACGGAUUUAUAUUUACUGCAAAACUUGGCAAGGUGAAAUCAAAGAUUCCGUUGCGCCAGUACACAUUGUUAGUAGCGUUAUUCUUCAUAACCAGCACAGCCAAUAACUAUGUUUAUGUCUUGCACGUACCAUCUACACUGCAUAUGAUUAUCCGGUCUGCCUCCUCGCCAGCCAGUAUGAUAGUAUCUUGGUACACCAAGAAGCAACGGCCGAAAUUAACAAAAUGCAUCGGUUCCAUUCUUAUAACCAUUGGAGUAUCUCUUGCCAUGUACGGGGGAGCCACAAUAGCUGAACAGAAUAAGGGAGAGUUCUAUUACUGGUGCAUUGGAGUUGUUAUAUUAUUGUCUACAUUGUUCCUCGGAGCAUUGACUGGCUUACAGCAAGAGAUUUUAUUUAGAAAGUACGGGAAGCAUCCAGAUGAGAUGCUGUUCUAUUCUAACGCUCUGCCACUGCCACUAUUUAUAGGCAUAUAUCCUCAGCUCAGAGACAUCGCAUCAAGUCUUCCUAUAGAUAUUUGGAUCUUCACAGCGCUAAGCAUCAUAUGCCAGUUUUACUGCACCCAUUCUGUCCACGAGUUUGCAACUAAAGAGUCUUCUGUAACAGUUACUUUUAUCUUAACUUUAAGAAGAUUUAUAUCAUUGUUAAUAUCGUCAAUUGUUUUCAAAAACAGUUUAACUGUUUUACACGUUUUAGGUACUGUUUUUGUAGCUUUGGGAACUUUUAUUUAUUUUGACUUUUUCGAGAGUAGACGACAGGCGCCUGUGAGUAUGAAAAAAGACAAGUGAUUUUUAUAACAAUUGUUAGGGCGCGUUCCCAUUAUGUCGCGACGACAAAUAGUCGACCAUUUUAGUGUCGUGGCUUGUUAACACACGAUUAACUGUCAUUCACGACUUUUUUGACGUUAAGACGACAGAAGGGAUAAUGGGAAGAGCUAGAACGACAGUCGUCAGACGAUAAAUAAAUCGUCACGACAAAAAUGCGACGACAGAUAAUCGUGGCUUUUAGAUUGUCGUCGCAAUCUAGUGGGGGCAGCUAG